AACCACGACGACAGCUUAGCCAGCUUAGAGCAGAGCAAAGCACCUGCAACAGUGUCCACCAUCCCCAUUCCCGUGUGGUGUAACCAGUCCAAGUCCAAGCCGUAGGCCAGAGACGCCGCCAAGAUGUUUGAUGUUUUCGGGUCCGUCAAGGGCCUGCUGAAGAUCGACCAGGUGUGCAUCGACAACAAUGUGUUUCGCAUGCACUACAAGGCCACGGUGAUCAUCCUGAUCGCCUUCUCGCUCCUGGUCACCUCGCGCCAGUAUAUCGGUGAUCCGAUUGAUUGCAUCGUGGACGAGAUUCCGCUGGGCGUUAUGGACACCUACUGUUGGAUCUACUCCACAUUUACCGUGCCGGAGCGUUUGACCGGUAUCACAGGUCGGGAUGUUGUGCAGCCGGGCGUGGGCUCGCAUGUGGAGGGCGAGGAUGAGGUGAAGUACCACAAGUACUACCAGUGGGUGUGCUUCGUCCUCUUCUUCCAGGCCAUCCUCUUCUAUGUGCCGCGCUACCUGUGGAAGUCCUGGGAGGGCGGUCGCCUCAAGAUGCUGGUCAUGGACCUCAACAGCCCCAUUGUGAACGAGGAGUGCAAAAAUGAUCGCAAGAAGAUCCUUGUCGACUACUUCAUUGGCAACCUGAACCGGCACAAUUUCUACGCCUUCCGUUUCUUCGUCUGCGAAGCCCUCAACUUUUUGAAUGUCAUCGGGCAGAUCUACUUUGUGGACUUCUUCCUGGACGGUGAGUUCAGCACGUACGGCAGCGAUGUGCUCAAGUUCACCGAGAUGGAGCCGGACGAGCGCAUCGAUCCGAUGGCCCGAGUGUUUCCCAAAGUGACCAAGUGUACCUUCCACAAAUACGGUCCCUCCGGCAAUGUGCAGAAGUUCGACGGACUGUGCGUGCUGCCGCUGAAUAUUGUCAAUGAGAAGAUCUACGUGUUCCUUUGGUUCUGGUUCAUCAUCCUGAGCAUUCUGUCUGGCAUCUCGCUGAUCUACCGGAUCGCCGUGGUGGCGGGUCCCAAACUGCGUCACCUGCUGCUCCGCGCCCGCUCCCGCCUGGCCGAGAGCGAGGAGGUGGAGCUUGUGGCCAACAAGUGCAACAUCGGCGAUUGGUUCCUGCUCUACCAGCUGGGCAAGAACAUCGAUCCGCUCAUCUACAAGGAGGUCAUUGCCGAUCUGUCCCGCGAGAUGGGCGGCGACGACAACAAGCGGCCCUUCGACGCCUGAGCCGGAGUCCGGAGUCCUGAGCGCAAGCCCGAGCCCAAGUGCCAUUUCAUGCAGCCGAAAUUGGGUUAAGACGAUGAUAAGAUGCAGUCGGAAAAUUGGGGUAAUCGGAAAUCGGAAAUCGGAGCUGAAGGGGGGGAAAACAGAAGCCAAGCCGACAAUGUAGAUGAGGCCUUUCGAGCUAAUGACGAGCUAAUGAACACAUAUCAACGAAUUCCAUGGUAAAAAACAAGCAACAACCGUUUUGUGUGUACUGUUUUUUACAACCAACAACAAGACACGUACAAUUACAACAAUAAACUACAACAAUCAUAACAAUAACAGUAACAAUAACAAUAACAAUAACAGAUACUAGCCGCAGCCAGAGAGAUGUAAGCUAUAAGGAUGGAUCGCUCGGGAUCAGGGAUAAUCAAGAACAAACUCAACAACUCAACAAUUCUAGAAUUCCCUGAUCCCACCGAUCCCAGGCCAUGCCAAUCUCGAAGAGCAUUUUUGGAACCUUUAAAAGACAGGAGAAAUGACAUUUGUCAAAACACUAAAUGUACGAGUAUAUAUUAUAUAUUUUUUUGUGCGAGUUAUGAUAGAUCUAUACAAUACACAUACACACACACACAUCCAUAUAUAUUUUUAGUGAGCAAUUACACACAUAUAUAUUUAUACAUAAAUAUACAGACGUACAGAAAGAUAUAUACAUAUAUAUAUUUAUGAAUGCCACAUGCGAGUAAUAUUUAUGCUAAGAGUUGUGAUCAUUGAUUAAGACAUUUAAAGAAACAAGGAAAAAAAAUGCAAAAAAAAAUACAAAAAACGACAAACAAUAAUUUACACUUAGUAAAAAAAAGAACGCCAGCAAAUAUAAUACAUAUAUACUUUAUUUCAAUUUUUACACUUUUAAUUUAGCAAUUUUCGCCAGCAAAUAAUAAUAAUAAAAACGAUAAUUUUAGUACUUUAGUUCCCUUAUUUUUUUUUUUCAUAUCUUUGGUAGCAUUUAUUUAGUUUAGCGCAAUUUUUUUUUAUACACACACACACAUACACACACGAACUCAUCGAUAAAGAAGAGAAAAUCAAUUUAAAUAUAUGUAUAUAUAUAUAUUAUAUAUAUAUAUGUAUGUUUAUAGGCGUAUAUAUUUUUGUAAAGAAAAAUCUAAAUACAAUAAAAAUAUAUAUGUAUACAUUUAGCGAUAAGUGUAAGCGUGGAAAAGACAACAAACAAACAAACAAACAAAAAAUGAAAGACUCAAAAGCAAUAUUUAAAAAAAACAUAAAAAUUAAAGAGGAAAAGCAAUGGAAAAUCAAAUAAAUGUUUGUAACAAUUUUGCGUGUUUAUUCCGCGAGACGAUUAGCGAGCCAAGCCCUAAGCUAAGUUUCAAUUUCAAUUCCAUAUACUUAUAAAUACUUACAUUAAACGAAAAUAAAACCCACACAAAACAUGA